AUGCGUGCAGAGUUGGCAGCGCAACAGUUGUUAAGUGAAGCCGGAAGACAACUUUUCGGCGAAUGCGGAGCUCCAGAAGUGGACCUCCUACGUGUGGAUUCGAGCGGCAUCAUUUUGCUUCGUGUCCACGCAAACCAACACCGACGCCUGCGUGCGGCACUUGCCUUGUGUCCCAAAACUGUGCGAAUGGCGUUGCGCACGGAAUGGGCGACGGGGCCGGGCGGCAAGGACCUGGUGGUGGUGGCGUCGCGCGAGGAGCUGUCGGCGCCCGCGCGCACGGCGCUGCCCGAGCCGGAGCCCGCGCCGGGCCUCAUCCGCGCCGACGGCUCCAUCAACUGGGGCUGCCCCUGCCUCGGCGGCAUGGCCACCGGCCCCUGCGGCGCGCAGUUCCGCGACGCCUUCUCCUGUUUCCACUACAGCGAAGCGGAGCCCAAGGGCAGCGAGUGCUAUGAGAAGUUCAGCGUGAUGCAAGAGUGCAUGGCGCAGUACCCCGAACUGUACGGGAAGGACGACGACGAGGAGGAGGAACGGCUGGAGGCCGGCGCCGGCCAGGAGCCCGCCGCCCCCUCCGCCCCCUCCUCACCAGCCCCCUCCUCACCAGCCCCCUCCGCCGCUGAGAAA